AUGAUUAAACAACAGCAACCACAGCAACUUAAGGCGCAAAGCACCCAGGUCCUUCAGACCAUUACAUACGCCAUAUAUGCAUAUAAUUCAAAGACAGCAGAACAAACACAAAGGUUGAAAUAUGGAGAUUUGGAGAUAGUAUUGAAAAAUGACUAUUUCGAAUUCGUUUGCAAAGGUGGUGUAGUGAUAUCAAAUAUAAAAGAAAUUUUAUUUAUGAAUUCAAAAAUUAAAGGAAUAACGGAUGAUAUAACAUCAAUUCCACCAGAAGAACAAAGAUAUUACGCAUUAAAUGCAUUUCCUAAAGUUUUGAAGAUUGGAAGAUUUAGUUUAAAUGAGGAAUUCAUAAAAGGUUUCCUUAAUGACAUAAUGAAGAAGGCAGAUAAGGAAUAUGUUAAUGAUGAGUUAGACCUUAAGGCAGAUAAUGAAUAUGUCAACGGUGAAUUAAUGAAGAAGGCAAAUUUGGUUUAUGUUGAUGAAAAAGAUAAUGAAAUUAAAGAAAGGGUUGAAUGGUAUCAUGAAUGGACAUCAAAGAUUUUAAAAACUAAAGCUGAUACAGGAUGGGUUUCAGGAUGUUUAGACCUUAAAGCAGAUAAAACUUAUGUUAAUGAUGAGUUAGACCUUAAAGCAGAUAAGGAAUAUGUCAAUGAAAUAUACCAAAGUUUGAUAGGAACAACAAAAAAUAUUGAAACUAUUGUUGGUGACUUUUCUGUCAAUGAAGAAAAUAAAUAUUUUAGAUGGCAGUUUGUACAGUCCUUAAAAAAUGGUGCACGGUGUAAACUCAUUCCGAAAAAUAACAAUGAAAUGUAUGUAAGCUAUAUAAAGAAUAAUGGUACACAAGUUAAAGUUCCAUAG